AUGCCGCACUUUGUUGGGUGCUGCUUACUACUUGUCCUCCUGGUUUCUGGGUUAGAUAUUGCCUAUUCGGACAGUAAAUGCGAGCUUGUGUUUGAGUACUUUCCUUACUGUCUGGAUUUUCUCACAGGCUAUUACUUCAAACCAUCAAAAAAAUGUUGUGUCCACAUCUAUAAACUCAACAGAUUAGCGAAGCGUGGACUAGGAGCACAGUUGAUCUGUUCGUGCAUUGAGUACAUGGUGAGGGGUACGGAGCCUCGAAUAAGGGCUGAUCGUAUAAGUGAACUUCCUGCCAAGUGCCAAACUCAUCUUAGUUUCCCCAUUUCUGAGUGGAUGGACUGCGAUAAGUUUGUAAUGGGGCCACCACUUAUCUGCCACUGCAUCGAAGCUGUGGCAAGGAUGCUUCCAACGAGGAUAAGGCCUGACCGUAUUGAAGAUCUUUCUGUCCAGUGGGACACACAUUUUGCCUUUUCCAUUUCUGAGUAUAUGGACUGCAACAGUCUAGCUGAGUAUUGA